AUGCCAACCACCGCAGCCAACAACAUGGCUCCGAACAACCUCAACAACACCGCCGAUGUGUACGUGAUCGACUACCAGGGCCUUCACCAGCACGUGGGCAAAGGCAUCAACAAAACCAGCCUCAUGCUCCUCUCAAUCUCCGCCCACAGCGCCUUCCAGACACAGGCAUCGCCUGGUAAAGCACCGCCAAAGACCUCCGACAAGCACCUCUUCCUCCUCCACGAAGACAAGCCAGGAGCGCCCUCCGCCGAGCCAGAAGCCGCCAGAAUCGUCUGCAAGUGGAUCGACUCCUACGAUCCGAACAAGCCCAUCGACGCCCAAGUCCUCACCCUCGACCACAUCCCCGAGUCCGCUGGCGGUCCUACCCUCCAGCAGGUCGUUCAUCUCUACCACACCGCCUACGCCUUCCGCAUCGACCGCCAGCGCCGUGGCAACGUCCUCCGCGAGGCUAUCUCAGACUACAUCCACAACGGCCCACUCUCCGAGAAUGAGUUCCGCAUGCUCCACGAUCUCCUGGCCUUCGACGAUGGCACGCUCAAGUCCGCACAGCAUUCCACCAUGCACAGCCAAAUCCACGGCUGCGAGCCAUCAAAGAGUAAGGAUGACAAGCAGGAGAACAAGAUCGUCCAGGACAAGGAUGGAAAGUGGCACGUCUACGCAAGACCUGAUCCACAGGAGUUCGAGAAGAUCGUGGCUUUCGCCAAGGGGCGCGGUAUCUGGGAGGGCAUGGAAGAUGCAAAACGCUUGAUCGUCUGCCAGAAGGAGCAGGGUCUGCUUUCUGCAUUGCAGUUCCAGACGCGUGAGGCUCAUCGACUUAAGGAUCACAAGAAGGCCACUGCUUUGCGUGCCCAGAUGGCGGUCAAGCAGGCUCUCAUCAAGCAGCUGAAAGAGGAGAUGGCUGCUAUCGGGGCUGCUCGUGAGGCAAAGGAGAAGGCUCGGCUUGAGGCUGCGAAGAAGGCAGACGAGGCGAGGAAGAAGAAGGCUGAGCAGGAGGAGGCCAGGAAGCAGAGUCAGAAGCCGAAGUAG